CAGGCCGCCUGGGCCGCGCGCCCCGACCUGGUGCUGCUGCCCGCCUUCAUGAACGAGUGCGGCCUGGCCUUCGUGCACAAGUUCAAGGCGCCCUUCAUCUACGUCACCACUUCCGGCCUGACGCCGUGGACGGCCGACCUGCUGGGCAACCCCGAGAACCCCGCCUACGUGCCCAACCAGUACCUGCCCUACGACGCCCACAUGACGCUGUGGCAGCGCACACUGAACACCCUCGUCAGGUUCGUCAGCCCGUACCUCCGGAGCCAGCUGGUGCUGAACCGCCUCGAGGGCGUGGUCCAGCGGUUCCUGGGCGACCCCACAGUGUCCCUGUCCGAGGUGGAGAAGAACGUGUCGCUGGUGCUGGUCAACUCGCACUACUCGCUGGGGCAUCCCCGCCCGCUGCUGCCCAACGUGGUGGAGGUGGGCGCCAUGCACUGCCGGCCCGCCCGCGCCCUCCAGGACGCCCAGCUGCGCCGCUUCCUGGACGCCUCCGACGCGCCCGCAGUCUUCUUCAGUCUGGGCUCUGCCAUCCGCAGCGAGCAGCUGCCGGUGCCCGUGCGGGACACCCUGGUGCGGGCCUUCGCACGCCUGCCGUACCGCGUGCUGUGGAAGUGGGAGGGCGCCGCCGUGCCCGGCCUGUCGCCCAACGUGCUGACCCGCCCCUGGUUCCCCCAGCAGGACGUGCUGGGCCACGAGCGCGUGCGCGCUUUCCUCACGCACGGCGGCCUGUCGUCCAUGCAGGAGGCCGUGUACCACGGCGUGCCCGUCGUCGGCCUGCCGCUCAUGAGCGACCAGCACCUGAACGUGCGCCAGGCGGUGACCCUCGGCCUGGGGCGCGAGCUCACCCUCGAGACCUUGACGGAGGACGACCUGGUGGAGGCCCUCACGGCCGUGGUGGAGGACGACGGCUUCCGCACGCGCGUGCGCACGCGCUCGCUCAUGCUGCGCGACCAGGAGACUACGCCCCUGGAGCGCGCCGUGUACUGGAGCGAGCACGUGAUGCGCUACGGCGGCGCCCCGCACCUGCAGUCCGCCGCGGCCUCCAUGCCGCUCUACCAGUACCUCCUGCUGGACGUGGUCGCCGUGCUGGCCGUCGCCGCCGUCGCCUUGCUCCUGCUGCUGCGCUGGGCCGCCGUGGCUCUCGCGCGCGCCGCCCUCAGGGCGUCCAAGCGGUUUGCAGGCAGGGCUCUGCGAGUCCUGUGGAGCCACGCCAAACUGGAGUAGCUCCUUCCGCCCGUGGAGGGAACACAGAUCUCAAGCCGCACCUCAUUCGCUUUCCACCUCCGCCGACGUCACCCACAAAUCACCUGUAAAUACUGUCAUAAAUGACAUUCCACCAUUAGGCAUCACACUCCUGUCGUCCUGUAUGAUGAUCCUGAUAUCUCAUUCCGCAGCCUCCAUCUGCAUCCUCAUCACCAGCUCCUGUUGUCACCACAUCAUUAUUUCAUACCGAUAGGAUAUUUUUGUACGUUUUAUAAGUAUGCAUGAAUAUAUUCUCAACUAUGA